AUGUAUCCGCUACUUUCCAUGCCGUUAGCCCUCAUUGGCGAAGAUGGACCAGUGAGGAGCUUGUUUCAAACGCAGACUGUUUCUCUUUGUCAGAGUUGCUUUGGUUACCCCUUGAGCAUCUUCUUCAUCGUGAUCAAUGAGUUCUGUGAAAGAUUUUCCUACUAUGGAAUGAGAGCGAUCCUGAUUCUGUACUUUCAACGCUUCCUCCACUGGAGCGACAAUCUGGGCACCGCCAUCUAUCACACGUUUGUGGCUCUGUGCUACCUGACGCCCAUCCUCGGAGCUCUCGUGGCCGACUCGUGGCUGGGGAAGUUCAAGACGAUUGUGUCGCUCUCCAUUGUCUACACCAUUGGACAAGUAGUCAUUUCAGUGAGCUCAAUUAAUGACCUCACGGACUUCAACCACGAUGGAACCCCUGACCAUAUUUCUGUGCACGUGGCACUGUCCAUGGUUGGCCUGGCCCUGAUAGCUCUGGGUACCGGAGGGAUAAAGCCUUGUGUGUCUGCAUUUGGUGGAGAUCAGUUUGAAAAGGGCCAGGAAAAGCAAAGAAACAGAUUUUUUUCCAUCUUUUAUUUGGCCAUAAAUGCUGGAAGUCUGCUGUCUACUAUCAUCACUCCCAUGCUCAGAGUUAAAGAAUGUGGAAUUCACAGUAAACACCCUUGUUACCCAUUGGCGUUUGGGGUUCCUGCUGCCCUUAUGGCUGUAGCUCUGAUUGUAUUUGUCAUUGGCAGUGGAAUGUACAAGAAGGUCCAGCCCCAGGGUAAUGUCAUGGCUGAGGUCGCCAGGUGUGUUGGGUUUGCCAUCAAAAAUAGGGUCAGGCAUCGGAGUAAGAGAUUUCCCAAGAGGGAGCACUGGCUGGACUGGGCUCAGGAGAAAUACGACGAGCGGCUCAUCUCUCAAAUCAAGAUGGUUACAAGAGUGAUGUUCCUGUAUAUUCCUCUCCCCAUGUUCUGGGCCUUGUUUGAUCAGCAGGGCUCCAGGUGGACACUGCAAGCAACAGCUAUGAAUGGGAAAAUUGGAGUUAUUGAAAUUCAGCCAGAUCAGAUGCAGACCGUGAAUGCCAUCCUGAUCGUUAUCCUGGUCCCCAUCAUGGAUGCCGUGGUGUAUCCUCUGAUCGCAAAAUGUGGCUUCAGUUUCACUCCCUUGAAGAGGAUGACGGUUGGAAUGAUCCUGGCUUCCAUGGCUUUUGUGGCAGCUGCAAUUGUGCAGGUGGAAAUCGAAAAAACUCUUCCCGUCUUCCCCAAAGGAAAUGAAGUCCAAAUUAAAGUAUUGAAUAUAGGAAAUGAUACCAUGAAUAUAUCUUUUCCUGGAACGACAGUGACACUUAACCAGACGUAUCAAGCAAGUAAAUUUAUGACUUUCAGUGCAGACAAACUGACAAGUAUAAACAUUUCUUCUACUGGAUCGCCACUCACUCCAGUAGAUCCUGACUUUGAGCAGGGCCAUCGCCAUACCCUUCUAGUCUGGGCCCCAGACAAUUACCAAGUGGUAAAGGAUGGCCUUAACCAGAAGCCAGAAAAUGGAAAAAAUGGAAUCAGAUUUGUAAAUACUCUUGCUGAGAGCUUCAAUGUCACAGUGGAUGGGGAAGUUUAUGAAAACGUCACCAGUCACAAUGCCAGCGAAUAUCAUUUUUUCUCUUCUGGCAAAAAGACCUUCACAAUAAACUCAUCAGAGAUUGCACAACAGUGUAAAAAGUUGGAAACAUCCUACCUUGAAUUUGGUAGUGCGUAUACCUAUGUAAUCACAAGGGAGGGUGACAGCUGCCCCAAACUGACGAUAUUUGAAGAUAUUUCCCCGAACACAAUCAGCAUGGCCCUGCAAAUCCCCCAGUACUUCCUCCUCACCUGCGGCGAGGUGGUUUUCUCCGUCACGGGAUUGGAGUUCUCAUAUUCUCAGGCUCCUUCCAACAUGAAAUCCGUGCUUCAAGCAGGGUGGCUGUUGACAGUGGCAAUUGGCAACUUCAUCGUCCUUAUCGUAGCAGGAGCAGGCCAGUUCAGUGAACAGUGGGCCGAGUAUGUUCUGUUUGCGGCGUUGCUUCUGGUCGUCAGCGUAAUAUUUGCCAUCAUGGCCCGAUUCUAUACGUACAUCAAUCCAGCAGAGAUUGAAGCGCAGUUUGAUGCGGAUGAAAAGAAAGAGUACCUGGAAAAUAGCAACCCAUAUCCCAAGUUGGAUUCUGUCUCACAGACACAGAUGUGA